CCAGUUAGCAUAUUCCUCGUUUCUUUCCUUUUUUUAUAUUUUAUUUAUUCAUACACUGUGUCUGUCAAUACGUGCACAUUUUCACAUGUUAUUUCAAUGAAAUUGACAUUGAUUUACAUUGAACUGGACAGGUACAUGAUGCUGCGUCUGCGUUGCAAAGCCAAGAACGGGACCCAUCUGAUGCAGGGCCUUACACAUCAGUCAUGUGUUCAGGAGCUUAAAGAUAAGAUUGAGGAGCUAACAGGAAUACCAUGUGAAGUACAGAAGAUCAUGGUAGGCUAUCCACCAUCCAACCUGGAUCUAUGCAACGGUGAAGCCCAUCUCAAAGAUUACCCUAUCAAAUCAGGAGACACGCUGAUUGUAGAGGAGGAGAAGAACAAACCCAAACCCCAAUCACAAACCACUGUGACCAAAAGGCCCAGUAUUGACCUGUCCCCAGUUCUAGAGCGGUACGUGGUCCCUGCUGACAACUCUUGUCUGUUUACGAGUGUGUACUACAUUAUGGAGGGAGGUGUUUACGACCCGGGCUGUGGGCCUGAAAUGCGCGGGCUCAUCGCAGAGAUUGUAGCUAGUAACCCCACUGCGUACUCAGAGGCAGUAUUGGGCAAGACUAAUGAGGACUAUUGCUCCUGGAUCCGUCGCGAUGACACAUGGGGAGGAGCCAUUGAGGUUUCAAUCCUCUCGAAGUUCUACCAGUGUGAGAUUUGUGUUGUUGACACACAGACUGUGCGUGUCGACCGCUUCGGCGAGGAUGCUGGUUACACUAAACGAGUGCUGCUAAUUUAUGAUGGGAUUCAUUAUGACCCACUCCAGAAGGCAGUGCCCAAUUCAGAUAUUCCCGCACAGACUGUGUUUUCUACCACCGAUGACAUUAUUUUGGCCCAAGCGCUGGAGCUCGCCGAUGAGGCGCGGAGGAAACGUCAGUACACUGACGUCAACCGCUUCGCUCUGCGCUGCAUGGUGUGCCAGACUGGCCUGGUGGGGCAGAAGGAAGCAAGGGAACAUGCCAAGGAGACUGGCCACACCAACUUCGGGGAGGUGUGACGCUCUUCGCUCUGUUUCUGAAACCACCCCCAACUUUGCCGCAUCACUGCCACGCCACCUGACAUGGUACCUGCUCUUUCUCUGCUUCCUGUUCCAGCUUGGUACAGUCCUCUACCUCACAUUGUCUAGCGGCUUCAGGAGACUCUCACAUGUCGAGUUCCCCCAAGAAUUCAGUAUUCUUUUAACUUUGAGGUUGAAGUAUUAAAUGUGCUUGUGUUUUUGAGGCUGUUGCCAGAUAUGAUGACAAAGCCAUUAUCUUCAAACCAAAUUUUAAAGGGAUUCUCCACUGACUAACUUAUAUAUAUAAUGAUUACAAUACUAUUAGGGUGAAUUUCGCAAAACACAUCGAGGUCAAAUUUCACUGCAAAGAAGGAAAACAAAUAUUAAAGUCACAAUGAAAAUCUUUUUAAUCAUUAACAGGCAUCUUAAGCUAUAUGUGUGUUUAUAGUUCUUGAUGCCUAUUUUCCCAAUUCUCCCCAUAAUUCUCAUUUAAUAUUAGUAAUACAGUAUGAUAGUAAUUAUUAAGUAUUUAUACAUAGUAGCAUUAAAGUUAGGCUGCUUUUAUAUUUCAUAUCAGUCAUUUAAUUGAAAAAUAAGUUACUGUAUUACAAAAUGAUGUUAAACAAUAUUUCUUUUUCUUUUUUAUCACUGUUAAAUGUCACCUUAGACGGGUUUUCAUGAUAUUCACCCAUGACCUCAUGUAAACAGUUUUCUGUUGCCUGCAGCUCUAAGAUGUGUGCGUAACAUGGGUUUAACUGCUAAACUCUUGGUAGUAUCUAACAAAUAAUGAAACUUUAAACGAGUUAUAGCAUUAGGCAUAACUGUUCAUUUUUAACAUCGAUCUAAUAUGUUCAUCUUUUCACACAAAGUGCUUCUGUGGCCAGAGUAGUAUUGAAAAAACAGUGGAGACAGCUAAAAACAUACCUUUCAUGAUAUCUAAUUUACUCAUGGCAUUACUGUAUUUAUUAUAUUAUCUGUCUUUUUUAAGGUCAUGGGCACAGCUUCUGAACAAUCAGUGGCAUUAUGUGGAGUCUUAAGUUCACUUGCUUCAUUGUACCUGUUAUUUGAAAUGGUUACAUAGAUCAAGUGUCGACUCAGAAUACUCGAUGCGGUUUUUAAAAAUUUUCAGUAAGCUAGUUAGCAAGAAAGCGUGGAUUUCAAGUUGAAGUGGACAACAAUGGUGCUGAGAGUAGAAUCUCACUGAACUACUUUGUGAAUCUGUAGAUUUAGUUUUUCUUUUAAGGGCACUUGUGUAAUUUCUGCAAAUGACCACGCAAGAUUGUUUUAUGCAAAACUUGUUACUUCUCUCUCAAGUGAGUAUGACAUAAUGUUAGGAAGAGUGAUUGUAGUGAUUUUCAUUUGACGUUUUAAGUGAUGAUAUGUGUCAUUUAAUUUUUUCCUGUUUACAGGGACGAUAUUAAAGGUUUAGUGUAGCAAAGUAUCAUAGCUUUAGAGAGAAAACAUCUUUUAAGGCUUGAUGAUGAUGAUGAUGAUGAUGUACAUUCUCAGUAUUUUUUUUUUUCAGUCAGGUACUAUCCACACUGUUGUUUACUUGUUUGCAGCUUUUUAUUUUGAAGAAAUGGUUGCCAUUGUAAGGUCAAAGGAGUUUUUUUUUUUUAGUGAUUUUUCUAAAUGGCUGUGAUCAGUGUUACACUAAGGGGCCAUUUACACAACGAUGUUUGCAGACAAAAAACGGGAAACUGCAUGUACAUCACUUACUGCUACAAAAUCACUGGUAAUACUGGGUAAUGAAUAAUAAACUUGAAUUGAUACAUAUAAA